UGGGCAGGUCUCUUGCAUGAGCAAGUUUGUACAGCUCCUCCUCUCACAUCCUCUCUCCUUUCUCUCAAUGUCUUAGCUUAGCACUGUCUUCAAAGUUAGAGAAGGGAGCAGGACCCAAACUUUCCAGGAAUUCACACUGCAAUGGCAACCCCCAACAGCGAUCCGUGCUGCAGCCCCGGUGGCCCCAGGAGCAGCUGCGGGCUUAGACACCAAGAUGGCAGAGAUUCACAGCUGAGACUAGUCUUAGUGGGUAAGACUGGAGCAGGGAAAAGUGCCACAGGCAACAGCAUCCUCGGAGAGAAAGUGUUUCAUUCCAGCAUUGCGGCAACAUCAGUCACCAAGACCUGUGACAAAGGGAGCAGCAGGUGGCAGGGAAGAGAAAUUGUGGUUGUGGAUACGCCUGGCAUUUUCGACACCGAGGCACAGGAUGCUGACACCUGCAAGGAGAUUGCUCACUGCAUCUUCCUGACCUCCCCAGGGCCUCAUGCUCUGCUCCUGGUGGUCCCACUGGGCCGGUACACGAAGGAAGGGCAAAAGGCCACGGAGAAGAUCCUGCAAAUGUUUGGACUCAGAGCUAGGAGAUACAUGAUUCUCUUAUUCACCCGGAAAGAUGACUUGGAUGGCAUCAAUUUCCAUGAUUACUUAGAGGAAGCACCCAAAGGUAUCCGAGAGUUGGUGGGCAAGUUUGGUGAUCGCUACUGCGUGUUCAACAAUCGGGCGACAGGAGCUGAGCAGGAGGCCCAGAGAAAUCAACUGCUCGCCCUGGUCCAGCGCAUUGUGGACGAGAAUGAAGGAAGAUGCUACACUAAUAAGAUGUACCAAAAGGCUGACAAGGAGAUUCAGAAACAAAUGCAAGAAAUGCAAGAAUUUUACGCAGCAGAGCUAGAGAGAGAGAGAGUGCAGAUAAGAAAGGAGUUUGAAGACAAAAUCAGAAAGCUGGAGGAUAAACUGGAGCAGCAGAGACAAAUGGAACAAAUGGAGAGGGAAUUGGCUGAGAAAGAGGCAUUAUAUGCUGUAAAGCUGCAAAAUCACAGAGAUGAGAAUCAGUAUAAGAUAGUUGACUUGAUCAUGAAAGCACUGCAGAUGGUUU